AUGAAGGCAUUCGAAUCAGUCCCUGAUUCUGGAGAGAGCGAUGAUGAGAUACAGGGCGAUGUGACAACUAAUCCUCCUCCGAAACAAAUCAACGAAAAACGUUCAUCCACAGAUAUGGAUCCUUUCAUGUUUUCAGAGUCCAGGAAAAAGGCCAAAAAGUCGCAUCCUCCUUCCAAAGCUGUGUUUUUUGAGAUCGUGUACCUUCAUUUCGGCGACUUGCAAAGGAAUUUUGCCAAAGGCAAAACCGAAGGCGCUGCCAUCUGCCUGGAUGAACACAAUAUCCACCUUCAAGAGGACAUUCUCGGCAGAGGAGAAAAAGACAUCGAAAUCCCAAUCCGGACUAUCGCCCAAGCCCUUUAUGGAAAGAAGACAAGUUGCAAAGUCACAUUGAAGUUGUCCAGAGGUGCCUCUACACUGGGUGAUCACGUCGAUAUUGAGUUUUUGGAAGUCAGCGAGAGAGUGGAUUUUAUAAGCAGGCUUGGGUCCCGCCUGCGGCCGAGCACUCUUGUAAAGAAAUCAUCAGAAUUCAUGAACGAUUCAUUCAAGAAAACUGAACGUGAUCAUGCUCAGCACGUUGCGCAGAAGAAACGAUCUCGGGAAGACAUUGAGCGUACCACGGUUUCAGAAGCUCCACCAGCAACAGGUCUCUCUGGCUUUCGCUCAAAAGUCUCGUCCUCAUUACAGGACACCGGCGUAGAACCCAAGCCAAAACGACUGAAAGGCAACAUGCAGCGGAUAGGUUCAUUGGAUGGUCCUGUAGAAUCACGAGAAGUGCCAGAUUCGCAAUCACCUGAUCCAGAGAACGUUCAGAUCUUGGACGCAAAUGUCGCCGUCGAAAUUACUACCACGAAGAUGCGUGGACCACCGAAACAAGGCCCAAAGAAUGCUGAAUUGUCAGGAACUCAGGGUUCCAAGAAGUCGGAACUCCAACAUGUCCAAGACUCUGAGCCAGAGGAUGGUCAAAACUCAGAACCAGAGAAAGCCCCAAGAGCAGAAUCAGAGCUUCUUGAAGUACCUGAAUCACCAGAUGCUUAUAAACCCGACCCAAACAUUGAGAUCAAGGUCCCCUUGCCGAAGACUCUGGGAUCCCUAGAUCGUGAGACACGCUCGACUCGACGCACGGCACGAAAUAACCAAGCUGGGACGCAGACAUCUCCUCCCCCACAAAAGCCUCUUGAAAAGGAAGCCAAUUGGACGAAAUGGAAGAAGCCAAUGGUUUACCCCCGAGCUGGGAAGAAACGCGCAGAAGUUAGCACUGAAGAUCGAGAACGCUUGCGCGAAGAUGAAUUUCUUAACGAUAACCUGAUUGCUUUCUACCUGCGCUUCUUAGAAGAUCAUCUCGAACGCACGAACGAGGAAGUUGCCAAACGAGUCUACUUUUUCAACUCCUAUUUCUUCGAAACCCUCAAAAACUCUCCACUUGGUAGUACCAACAUCAAUUACGGUGGUGUGGAGAAGUGGACUCGCAACGUCAAUUUAUUUGAGUACGACUACAUUAUUGUUCCUAUCAACGAAAAUGCCCACUGGUACGUUGCUAUCAUUUGCAACUUGUCCAAGCUUGAUGCAGCAUCUGAGCCUGGCUCUCAGAAUGAUGAAACUGGUUCAAAGGGUUCAGCCUCCGGACUAGACCAAACUACCAUUGUCACCUUCGAUUCUCUUGACAUUAGUCAUUAUCAAACCAGCAAAAUCCUGCGCCAGUACCUGGCCAAGGAAUCUGUAUCAAAGCGCGGCAUCGAUAUCUCUUCCAAAGCAACCGCCAAAGCGAUCAAGGGCAAGCGCGCCACAAACCUGCCUCUUCAAAAUAAUUACUCGGACUGCGGCCUAUAUCUUCUCGCUUACGUGGAGAAAUUCGUGCAGAACCCAGACUCAUUCAUUGCAAAUAUCCUGCAACCAAAGGAGGGACAGGUUGAGUGGCCUGAUAUUAAGCCUGGUCUUCUUCGACAGCGCCUCCGCCUUUUCCUUGAUGAUUUGUAUGAGGAACAGAAACAUCAUCAGCAGAGCCCACUCAUGGUUGAUCAGUUCCCUAUCUCAUUCUUGCUGGGGGCCACUGAACCGAAGAAGGCGGAUGAUGACAAACAUGAUGAAGCUGACGAUGAGAAGAAGCCUCCGACAGAAACACAACCCACAAUCCCUUCCAAAGAUCAAACAACCGAGACCAUCGAUCGGAAGUCCGAGACGGUCGGUCAGGAGCCUGAGAGUAUUGCCACAUAUGAAUAG